UACUUUCAUAUACUAAUGGAGCUUGAGUUUCCUCCAUUCUCCUUCCUCCUUACCACCCUCCUGUUCUCAUUCAUGAUUGCCAGAAUAGUUAAGGCAUUGAAAGCUAAGAAACCAUCCCCAAAGCUGCCAGGGCCAUGGAAACUACCCCUGGUAGGAAAUAUUCACCAGCUUAGUGGCUCACUACCCCAUUGCACAUUAAGAGACUUGGCUCUCAAGCAUGGCCCCUUAAUGCACCUACAACUUGGAGCAGUCUCCACAGUUGUUAUAUCUUCACCUGAAUUUGCCGAGGAAGCCAUGAGAAAAAAUGAUCUCGCUUUUGCUUCCAGGCCUUACCAACUAGCUCCAGGGAUCAUAUCUUAUGAUUGUACCAACAUUAUCUUCUCCCCUUAUGGUAGUUAUUGGAGGCAGCUUCGAAAAAUUUGUGUAUCCGAGCUUUUAAGUGCGCAGCGCGUGAAAUCAUUCAAAAGAGUUAGAGAUGAAAUGGCUUCCAAUCUCAUCAAGACAAUAUCUUCAAGCCAGAUAAGUUCACCAAUCAAUCUUAGUCACAAAAUUUUCUCUUUAACGUAUGGCAUAACGGCAACAGUAGCCUUUGGUACGAAAUGCAAAGAACAGGAAAGGUUUAUAUCUAUCAUCACUGAAGUUAAUAAGCUUGCGACAGGCCUCACCCUGGCAGAUUUGUACCCUUCAAUUAAAGCACUUCAGAUGAUUAGUGGAAUCAGGCCAAAACUUGAGAAGCUACAUCGAGAAGCUGAUAGAAUACUUGAAAAUGUCAUUGCUGAGCAUAAAGAGAGGAGGACAAAGGAAAAUGGCCGUGGUGGAGACGAGAAAGAUAUAGUUGAUAUGCUUUUAGACCUUCAAGAGCAUGGCAACCUUGACUAUCCCCUAUCUUCCAAUAAUAUCAAAUCAGUCAUAUUGGACAUAUUUGCUGCAGGGAGUGAAACAUCAUCAACAAUUGUUGAAUGGUCAAUGUCAGAACUGUUGAAGAAUCCAAGAUUAAUGGAAAAGGCUAAAGCUGAGGUGAGACAGGUCUCUAACGACAAAGGAUAUGUGGAUGAAGAAGUCUUUCAUGAACUGAAGUUCCUAAAAUCAGUUAUUAAGGAAACAUUAAGGCGGCACAAUCCUGUGCCUUUAAUACCAAGGGAAUGCCGUGAGAACUGUAAGCUUGGCGGAUAUGAGAUACCUGUCAAGACUAAAGUCCUUAUCAAUUCAUGGGCAAUUACAAGGGAUCCUAGAUACUGGAAUGAACCUGAGAUAUUUAAUACAGGAAGGUUCCUCAAUAGCUCACUUGACUACAAAGGAACAGAUUUCCAAUAUAUUCCAUUUGGGGCUGGAAGGAGGAUAUGUCCUGGCAUAUCGUUUGCUCUUGCUAAUAUUGAGCUGCAACUUGCACAAUUCUUGUACCACUUUGAUUGGAUGCUACCCAAUGGAAUGAAGUAUGAAGACUUGGACAUGACAGAUGCACCUGGUUUAACAAUAAGAAGGAAACACGACCUGUUUGCGAUUCCAAUUCCUUACCAUCACUCUCCUCUUGAAUAAACCAAAUAUCAGGUGUUCAUUUGGCCAAUAUUUGUGUAAGGCAUUGUAAUAUUUUGUUAGUACUACUAUUGGUCUUUAUUCUGUUAAAUUAUGGCCUAGUCUAUACAGCCACAGAUGGCUUAGGGCUAAAGCUUGGUUGUUUUAUAUGAAAACUGUAAUCAAUUAUAUUUCGUUUGGCUAAGAUGAAUAUCUAAUCUUGCAAUAUCAUCUGCAUAUUGUUUUCUUAAUCUUUGGAAUUAUAGAUGAUGAUGAGAAUUGGAUGGGGCAGAUACAACUAGUCUGUCUUUGCAGUCUGCUACUCCAGGAAAGAAAUAUCCUUUGUAGUUGAUGAAAGCUAAACAUCAUUGGAUUCAUCAACAUGAAAUCUGACACAAAAUUUGAUAUGGCUCUACUCAUUAAUCAAUGUCUGUAUAUUGAGAAGAUGGUUUUAAGUUCGUUCUGAUUAACUUUCCUUUGGUAAACGAAAACUUGUGAGGUUGCUAGGAAACAAGUUAUCCUCAUUUUCCAACCUCAUAGGAUAGGAGAGUAAACUAUGAGAUCAAAUAUAGGUUCCAAUAAGUGGUUUCCACUUUCCAUUUAGAUUAGACAUUUUUGUUUCAAACAUACUAUUAC